AUGGAAAUACGUAUAACCCUCCCACUCUCCACGAUCCUCACAUCCAGCCACCUCUCCCUUCGUUCCCGACGCGCAUCCAUUCACGGCCCCUCCAUCCGACCUCUCCACGGCGACGCCAACCCCAACCAUACCCAACAACCCUCUUUCCCGCCCUGGCCAUCACCAUUAGACUUAACGCCGUACAGUAUUCUCGGCCUCCACCCAAGAGACCCCUAUACCAAAACCGCCUUCUACAAACUAGUCAAGCUCUACCACCCAGACCGAUACCAAACCGUCCCAUCUGAUCUCUCCCCGACAAUCCGCGAACAUCGCUACCGCCUCGUCGUCGCGGCACAUGAACUCCUCUCUAAUCCCCAGAAACGCCUCGCGUAUGACCGCUAUGGGGUGGGAUGGCGUGGACAGGGUCCCCCACGCACGGCUCGUGUCUCUAGACAUCCCAACCAUGCUACCAGCCACGGGACGGAGGGAGAGAAUCUUCUCCCGCAUCCGCGCCUAGUCAUCCUAUUCCUCGUCAUCGCUUUCUUCCUCCAGAGCUGUCUAUUUGUCGUCCGGGCCCAGAAGGCUGAGAUGCACGCGAGGCAGGUCCAUGUCCAGUCUCAGCGAUUGCUGGAUCGGCGUCGGAGUCGGGCUGCGGGACUGGGGGGAUUAGGGAUUCAAGUUGAGAGGUUUCUGCUCAAGAGAGAUCCUAGUGGGUUGGGGGUGACGGGGCAGGAGGCGCUGGUUUAUCGGGAGAUGCUGCCUUAUUGUACCUUUGGUGGGGCUUGA